GAAAGUGAAGGGCUGCACUCUUGAUGUCCACCCCACUGAGAGAGCCCUCGUGGUUCAGUAUGAGGUGGAGGCAACUGUUUUGGGAGAGCUGGGGAACCCGAUGGUUGGAGAACGAAAAGAGUGUCAGAAAAUUAUUCGCCUGAAAAGCCUGAACGGCCACACAGAUAUAUCGUCUUUGGCCCGGAAGGUCGUGGAAGAAUGUCGGCUGAUUCACCCGUCCAAACUCAGCGAGGUGGAGCAGCUGCUCUUCUAUCUGCAAAACCGCAAACAGUCAAAUGACAACCAAGAGAAGAAACACAUCUCACCUCGAGACUUUACACCUUACGCAGGAGUGGAG